AGGUGUGGUGGAGUAUAAUCGUUGCUGCGGUGAAUUGGCAAGGUGUCCAAUUAUUGCAACGAAAGAAGAUGAAAAUUGGUAUAAAUACGCAGCGCAGUGGGUGCGGGUUAAUGCAAAUUUUAUGUACCCCAACGUGGUAGUGCCGUGCAACGUAAAUAUACAUGAUGGACAUCAGUCAAAAUUUCAUGAAAAUAGUGCACUUGUAACCUAAAUCAUACAAUGAAACGAAAAACUUGGUUGUUCAUUGAUAUCUGGUUCAGAACUCAGCAUUACCGACAGCAGUCAUUAGUUGAUUUAGACCCAUACAUCAUGAUCGCCAAGUAGUUGCAAUGAUGCUGAAUUUGAGACGAAGUGAUGCAGUUGUAGUUACAUAGUUGGUGAUAUCAUGGAUUUGGCACUCGUACGAUUUCCUUCGAGCUAGAUAUUGCUAACUUUCGUAACAGAAUAUAUGUAUGUAGGAGCGAAUCCGUCCAAGACUUGACCGUCCAAAUGACAGAAGAAAGCAGUCUCUUCGAGGAGGAUUCCAUCAGACGAAAACGAGACAGGAGGACUCAAGAAUGCAUGUAUACGGACAAAGGAUCGCUAAUUUCCAACGGCAAAAAUCUAUGCGACUGCUUGGAUGAAAAUUGUUGCGGAUGUUUCUUUCCUUGUGUAAAAUGUAAAUCUACGAAGUGUGGUCCGGAAUGCAGGCAAAAAAGAAAAUACACGUACGAGCAUUAUCAAAUCGAAGGAACUGAUGCUGUGGUGAAAAAUCGAAAUGUAAAUGUAUCCGAAUAAGCGAAUCAUUCGAAUUGUUACCUUGUAAAAGGUUCUUAGACCUUUUUUAAA